AUGUCGCGCUCCUCUCCCGCGCGGAGAAGUCAGCAGCACAUACUAUCGAGCCCCGAGAGAAACUUUCGUACGAGUUUCCUCUUCGACUCGCGAAACAAUGAAUUGAGCCAUCUCGAUGCGUUGGCCGCCGCCCAGGUCGAGCACGACCGCGUCCGCGAAGCCGCUAUGCGCGUCUACGAAAUGCACGAGCUCAAGGAGGAAAGUGAGCGCAUCCGCCACCAGCAGCAGCGCGAGCAGGACCGGCUCAAAGCUGAAGCAGACCUUGCAGCUAAAGAACGGAAGCUGCAGGAGCUGCGAGCCAAGUCGAUCCCGAAGCCCGCGCAUUCACCCGAGCCGAAGCAAGAGCCCCUCAAGGCGGCCCCCGGCCUACCUGUGAAGCCGGCAGAGUCGCGGCCUCAGCCGCUGCAGAAGCCUAUCGAGGGGCACGCAGCCGUCAAGCAAGAGCCGCAAUCCGCGCCACAACCACAGACGAACGGCCUCGGCUUCAACACAGCCAAGCCUGCUCAGCCACCCCCUCAACCCCAACUAGUGAAACCUGUGAGCAAUUUUGCAUCUCCUGCUCCAAUGGACACCCAGCCGAAGGCCCAGCCUGUGGCCUCACAGCACACGCAAAAAGCACCCCAACCACCCAAGGUGGCACAGUCAGUAGAACGAUAUGUGCAGAUUCACCAAGAGCUCAAAAAGCUCCGCGCAUCUCUGCAAGCAGAAGCCAAACUACCAGGCUCCCCUCUGAAAGGAGCCAUGGGUACAUACCGUCGUGAAAUACGCGUCUGCAUUGGCCAGCUGACAUCGGGGCGCAAUACCAAUAACGGGCCUACCCAGAAAAUUACCACAGCCUUGCGCGAAGCCCUCCAACAAAAAGUACCCAGCCCACCCGUCGAGGUGAGCAAGUAUGUGGUCGCCGCAAGACAGCCGGGCGAGGGCGCUGACGACGGCACGCUCCCUGCCCUGUUCAUCUACCUGAUCAACAUUUGCGCCAAGGGCAUCAUCAACCAGUUCAUCAACGAGUGCGGCGCCAACCCCAAAGCCGCGGACCCCAUCGGCGUCUUCACCGCGCACAUUUUCUCCACGCCCGAGUUCCAGUGGCGCGGGGCCUCGCUGAUUGACAUUCUCAUAGCCAAGUUCCGCAUCACCUGCCCGGUGCUGUUUGGUCUCGCGGGCAACGACAAGACGGAGCGCGGCCGCCUGGCGCUCGGUUGGCGCAAGGACGGCUCGGCUUGGAUCACGGAGCAGAGCCACAAUGACCGCAUGGCCGGCCUGGCGGCUGGCUACGCGGCCGUGUCCCUGCGCGACUUUAGCCGCAGCAGCAAGACGAAUCCAUAUCCCCCGACGAACUACUGGACCGCGCUGGCCAGCAUCGUCAACUGCCCCGCGGGCCAGACAUCCAACACGCAGUACGUCGUCGUGCGGUACCUGAUUGACGGCCACGAGCAGCGGUUCCUCAACUUUUACGGCAACGCGGCCGUCGCGGCGCUCCGGCUGGCCUUGGUCGAGUUUCCGAAAAAGGCACCAAGCAACGCACCGGCCGCCGGGUCCCUGCAGGCUCUCGCCGAAGUACUCAAGUCGACAACCGGCUUGGUGCUGGCGUGA